UCUUCAUUUUCCUGGCAACGCGACGUUGGAAAAGGGUCUCUGCGCUGUCCUUCACAACGCGACUUCGGGAGAGGAUACAGUACGAAGUGCCCGCCUAAGCAGUAUACUCGCCAGAUCCACAGAGAUGUCUUUCUAUGACAAUCUAGAAUUCACUCCGUCUCUCGCGCGGCGCACCGUCGACAACUCGCCUAUAGUUCCAAUCGUCGGCUUCAAUAGGGAGGCUGCGUCGAGCCUACGUUGUUUUCCCUUUAGAUCUUAGUUGACCGUCCGCAAACGCUCCAUCGGCCUCAUACCCUGGCCCUUUAUAGGAAUGGGACACUCGGUACUAUCGCUCCGUCCACACCUCACUUGUCGUUCGAGAUAGGAUCGAGGAAAUUCAAGAUAUCGCCUGUAACCUCGCAAUGGCGGUUGAUAAAACCGGGACCGACAGCGCCGCGCCGGCCGGCCAAAAUGUCCGCACGUUUUCCUCCCGCCUUAUGUAUCGUCAGAGUGCCAAAAAGACAAAAAUGGUCCGCGAUUCCUCGGUGGAUUCUUUGAAUAGAAUCUUUGACACGCGCACCGAGUCGGAGGCCGCUCAUCCUCCCGCAUCCCGGAGACCUAUGACAACCGACGAAGAGCACUACGCAAGCAAUUCGUAUGGGGUCGCUGAGCUGCGAGACGGCUUCUUCGACGCCAUAUUUCUCCCCUUAGACGAGGUUGACCCGGAAGUUCUUAUGAGGCAAGCCGAGCUAACCCUCCCCUACGCUUUUCGGAAGAAGGAUCCCCUUUCCGUUCGGAACUUCUUCCCCAAGCAGUGGCACGACAUUCGAGGGGUCGUUCGCCGCGUCACAACCACGCGGUCCGGUAUCCGGCUGCUCAAGUCGUUCCUCGCCUUCUUCGUUGCCUACGUAUUCUGCCUCGUUCCCGUUAUCCGGGACAGGCUUGGCCGCUACAGCUAUAUCACGGUAGUUUCGACCAUCAUCAAUCACCCCAGCCGGACGCUGGGGGCUCAGGUUGACGGAACCAUCCUCACAAUAGUCGGUACCGCUACUGGACUGGGAUGGGGGGCGUUCGGCCUGUGGGUAUCUACUUCAACAGCACCCGCCCGUACCGGUUACGGCGGGAUCCUGGCUGCUUUCCUCUUUCUAUACAUCUUCGGGAUUGCUUGUUUCCGUUCAUACUACAUCCGCGCUUACCAGGGCGUUAUCUGUGCCGGAAUUGCUAUUUCGUACACCUGCCUGGCCGAGGUAUCGGGCCUCCACGUUUCGUGGACGAAAAUUCUCAAUUACGGCAUCCCCUGGGUUGUGGGACAGGCCAUCUGCCUGGUGAUAUGCCUCGCGGUAGUUCCCGAUGCCGGUGCGCGCCCCCUAGCGGUAGCACUUCAUCAGGCCUUCACUGUCAUGCUGGAUGGCUUGGGGUUAACCCGAGGGAAAAACAUGAAUACGCGCCGAAGACUCACGCAAACGUUCGUUAGUAUGUCUCAAGCGUAUAGGGACCUAGUCAUUGACUUCUCCAUAACACUUUUUGAGCCAAAGGAUGUGCUGGCACUUCGUAAUCGUAUCCAGGGCGUCGUCCGUGCUCUUCUCAGCUUACAUGGCGAAACAAGAAUCUUCGACCGGUUCGAGGACAUGCCCGAAGAAGCCGCAGACCACGCUCGAUAUGCUCACGGCGAGUUCGCCGUGGACAUGGACAAGAUGCCCUACGUACUAGAAAGUGACGAAGAGAUCAAGUUUGUAAAAUUUGUCGCCAACAAUCUAGCCGAGCCGACAGAGAGGCUUCUCUCGUCUAUGAAGAUUGCGUUGCAAAGUUGCGACGCGGUCCUGAUGGAGAUGUGUGGCCACCGGCGGUAUUUAGGUCCUCCGGACGAUGUGUCGAACGACGUUCCAGGCGCGUUGGUGAAGCUACGCCGGUAUAUUAUACAAUUUGACAACUGUCAGGACAACGUGCUGGCAAGUGAGGGUUUGCCCCCCAAGUAUGCGGACUCUCCCGAGGUCGUAAAGCUUUUCGCAUAUUGUCGCCCAGUCCACCAAGCAGCGACCGCGAUCGAAGCGUUGCUUGUAACAGUAAAUGAGAUGCAGCAGAGAAGUCCCAAAUAUCCCAAGUUCCACCCGCCAUCGUACCCCUUCUGGAAAGCCAUUCACCGUACGAAUGCCCAAGUUCGACGCGACCGAGGCGGUGUGACAGCGGGUUCAUAUUUUAGAAGCUUCAACGACAUAGCCGAGAUCAUCCAGAAGAUCAAAUCCCAAGACUUCCAGCCUUUGCCGCGCAAAGGCGAGGAUGCGGACAAGGACCACGAUACCGCAUAUGCGACAAUGACGGCUGACGAGCUCGAAGAUGACCCAGGCCCGGAGAAGAGCCGGUUACGCCAUCGGAUAUGGGGGAUUCUUCAUCGCCUCCAGGGCUUCGAGACACGCUUUGGCCUCAAAACUGCCGCGAUCACAUCUCUGUUAUCCAUACCCGCAUGGCUGCCCCGCGACCACGUUUGGUGGGACACGAAUGAGGUCUGGUGGGCGGUGGUGAUGGCAUGGCUGAUAAUGGGCCCGCGGACCGGCGGAAACAUCCAAGACUUGUUCACGCGGACGCUAUGUGCUGUACUGGGAUCUCUCUGGGCGGGGCUCUCGUACGCAGCCGCAGACGGUAACCCCUACGUGAUCGCGGCCUUCGCUGUCGUCUAUAUGCUUCCCAUGCUCUACAGGUAUACGCAAAGCGAACACCCGAGGUCUGGAUUAGUAGGCUGCAUCUCGUUUACAGUUGUGUCUCUGGCAGAAGUCACUACAGAAGGCAAGCCUUCUCCGGCCACGGUGGCCGCAACACGCGGAGUCGCCAUGGUUGUCGGUGUGGUAGCAUCGAUCAUCGUGAACUGGGUGAUGUGGCCGUUCGUUGCACGCCACGACCUUCGGAAGGCUGUUGCUGCUAUGAUGUUCUAUUGUAGCAUCGUCUACAGAAGCAUCGUGUCAAAAUACGUGUACUACGAAGAAGGAAACGAACCUACUAAAGAAGAUAUACAAGCUUCCGAGGUCCUGGAAGGACGCUUGCGAGAGGGGUUCGUCCGUCUAAGGCAGUUAUUGGGUCUCACGCGCCACGAACUCCGUCUACGAGCCCGAUUUAAUCCUCUGCCCUACUCGGCGCUCAUCGACGCCUGCGAGCGUUUCUUCGAGAACAUUGUUACCGCACGCCAGGCGUCUCUAUUCUACCACCCGCACUUUAUCAGGGACAACACCGAGUUUGCCGCAGAUCUUUUAGGCCACAGGAGGGACGCAAUCGCGACCAUUCUCACGAACCUCUAUGUUCUCUCGGGGGCCCUGCGCGCCAAUAGGAAGGUUCCCAAAUAUCUACCGAGUGCUUCAGCUACCCGUAAGCAGCUGUUAGAUCGAAUGAGGGUUCUUGAGGUUGAGCUUGCGGCAAGCGGAGGGCUGAGCGCCGAAAAGAAGUCCGAAGGAAGAAAAUGGGCACAGAUCUACAGUUAUUCGUACAAUGAGAGCUUGACGGGUUGCGUCGAGCAGCUGGAAGAGUUAGAAAAGUUCACCAAGGCCAUCGUUGGCGAACAAGGGUUCGAUUGCGGCUUCACUGACGAGGAUUGGAGUGAGGUGAGGGACUGACCGGCUUCUCUCUUUCCCCUCAGAAUCGCGCCUAUCUAGUAGUUCAAUAAACGAUCGGAGACAUGUCUAUUUUGAGCAAAGACGAAUAACAAGGAAUGCAUAGUUACCCGAGCAGGUGGGGCCAGGCCAUACGAGAGAUAUUGCUGUGUAUGUUGUUGAGGGUUCCCGGCACGAAGCAUGGGAUACAGCGUGCCCCUACCACGUAUUCUCCCAUUAUCGUACUGUACGCGUCUUGGUGUGGUGUUUUGACGCAUAAUUGCAUACGAGCCCGUCAAACCCGGCAUGGCGAAUAAAAAGGGAAAUUAGCUGUAGAUUUCAUCGACCCUUUUCUGGCGGCCACGUUGCCG